UACAACCUCUGCCUCCCAUCCCUUUUAGAGACAGGGUCUCACUAAAUUGCCUAGAUCCUUGCUAAAUUGCUGAGGCUGGCUCUCGUGGCUCAGCCUCCUCAGCUACUGGAAUUACACGCAUGCGCUACCUGGCCCGGCUUCUCACACAAUUUUUUUGUCGUUACCAGGGACUGAACUCAGGGGCACUCGAUCACUUAGCCACAUCCACAGCCCUACUUUGUAUUUUACAGAGGGUCACUAAGUUGCUUAGCGCUUGGCUAAAUUACUGAAGCUGGCUUGAACUCGAGAUCCUUCUGCCUGGGCUUCCCGAGCCGCUGGGAUUACAGGCGUGAGCCAUCCCGCCAGGCCUCUCCCACUUUUAAAUCUCCUUGUGGUCAAAAGUCCGGUACCUUGAUUUUAACCCCGUGAAACUAGUGUUAAACUAGUGAUUCAUAGAACUGUAAGCUAUCAAGAGCCUGAUGACAGCCAGGUCUGGGAUCUCCAGACCACCGCCCUUCCCGAGCGCUACUGCAGUGAUCUGCCCGCAGCCCGUCAACUGGCCUCAGUGGCUCCGCGAAGACUGCUGCGCCACACUAAGGCUGGAUUCUAACAGCACCCAAGCGGAGAAAGUCUCUCUAACGCUACUCCUGAAAGUCGCGAGAGCUAGAAAGUGCAGAAAAAAAAUCCGGGUGAGCGUUUGCGUCUCGAGAUUCGAGACGACAGCAACCAGCAGACCUACUUCUGACCUCCCCCCAACACCGGAAACCUGAGAGACGGGACUUCCGGAAAGUGGCGGUUUCUCUGAGCUUGAUUGGUUGUUGCUUUGAGUCGCCCCGCCCGUGUCCUUGCUUUCUUCCUGCUGCGCGUGCUCCUUGUCAGUCCCGAACCACACCAUGGCGGACCCAGAGUCCUUGGGCUUUGAACACAUGGGCCUGGAUCCCCGGCUCUUGCAGGCUGUCGCCGAUCUGGGAUGGUCGCGACCUACGUUGAUUCAAGAAAAGGCUAUCCCGCUGGCCCUAGAGGGGAAAGACCUACUGGCCCGGGCCCGCACUGGUUCCGGGAAGACAGCUGCUUAUGCUAUUCCGAUGCUACAGCUGCUGCUCCACAGGAAGACGACAGGUCCUGUGGUGGAACAGGCUGUAAGGGGAGUUGUCCUUGUUCCUACCAAGGAGCUAGCACGGCAAGCUCAGUCCAUGAUUCAGCAGCUGUCUGCCUACUGUUCUCGGGAUGUGCGGGUGGCCAAUGUCUCAGCUGCUGAAGACUCAGCUUCUCAGAGAGCUGUACUGAUGGAGAAGCCAGAUGUAGUGGUGGGGACCCCAUCCCGUAUAUUAAGCCACUUGCAACAAGACAACUUGAAACUGCGUGACUCCCUGGAGCUGCUGGUGGUGGAUGAGGCUGAUCUUAUUUUUUCCUUUGGCUUUGAGGAAGAACUGAAGAGUCUACUCUGUCACUUGCCCCGGAUUUACCAGGCUUUUCUCAUGUCAGCUACAUUUAAUGAGGAUAUACAAGCAUUAAAGGAACUGGUUCUACAUAAUCCGGUUACCCUCAAGUUACAAGAGUCUCAGCUUCCAGGAUCAGACCAGUUACAGCAGUUUCAGGUAGUCUGUGAGACUGAAGAAGACAAAUUCUUGCUGCUGUAUGCUCUGCUCAAGCUGUCGUUGAUUCGGGGCAAGUCCCUGCUCUUUGUCAAUACUCUAGAGCGGAGUUACCGGCUCCGUCUAUUCCUGGAGCAGUUCAGCAUCCCCACCUGUGUACUCAAUGGAGAACUUCCCCUGCGCUCCAGGUGCCACAUCAUCUCACAGUUCAACCAAGGCUUCUAUGACUGUGUCAUAGCAACAGAUGCUGAAGUCCUGGGGGCUCCAGCCAAGGGCAAGCGGCAGGGACGAGGGUCCAAAGGAAACAAGGCCUCUGAUCCAGAGUCAGGUGUGGCCCGGGGCAUAGACUUCCACCAUGUGUCUGCUGUGCUCAACUUUGAUCUCCCCUCCACCCCGGAGGCCUACAUCCAUCGAGCUGGCAGGACAGCGCGAGCCAACAACCCAGGCAUAGUUUUGACAUUUGUGCUACCCACAGAGCAGUCAUACUUGGGCAAGAUCGAGGAACUUCUCUGUGGAGAGGGUGAGGCCCCGGUCCUGCUUCCCUACCAGUUCCGAAUGGAGGAGAUCGAGGGUUUCCGCUAUCGAUGCAGGGAUGCCAUGCGCUCAGUGACUAAGCAGUCCAUUCGGGAGGCAAGACUGAAAGAGAUUAAGGAGGAACUUCUGCAUUCAGAGAAACUUAAGACAUACUUUGAAGACAAUCCCAGGGAUCUCCAGCUGCUGCGACAUGACCUGCCCUUGCACCCUGCAGUCGUGAAACCUCACCUGGGCCAUGUACCUGACUACUUGGUCCCUCCUGCUCUUCGUGACCUAGUACGCCCUCAUAAGAAGCGGAAGAAGCUGUCCUCCUGUAGGAAGGUUAAGAAAGUGAAGACCCAGAACCCACUGCACAACUUCAAGCACAGAGGAAGGAAAUCCAGACCAACAGCCAUGCCCUCCUAAGAUUGCCUGGGCCUGAGUUCGAAGUGGAUUGGGCUUCCUUGCCUGGAUGGAGUGGGUUUCCCACACUUCAUGUGCGCACACUCCUGUGCUUCCUAACUGGAUAGACUGAACUCUGGGGACGCUCUGGACCCUCCAGAUCUGCCAAGCUGCCAUUUGCCCCUUAAUAGAAUAACAGUUCCAGCUGCCCCAGGUUGUGCCUCUGGGCAUGUGGGAAGGGACUAUUUCCCAAAACCUUGGAGGGUGGGAAACUUCAGAAAGUGGUGGUGCCUAGCUGCUGCUGCGUGCAAUGCCUCACAUGACCAGAAGAUGUCAGUUGUGCAAAGCCAACUGCUAAGAAAAGCCUGUUCUGGUCCAGUUGGUUCAGCAUGGGGCUAGGCCAGCCUAGAGCCUCUGCCCUGCUGCUGCAACCUUACCAUGUGGUUCAGGCUGAUAGAUGUACCUGCAACCUAGGAGACAGAUUUUCUUUACCACAAGCCUUGGAUUGCCCCUUACCCAAUGCACGCUCAUUUAAAUAGAGGAGAAUGUUGCCCACCCCUCAGAGGAUUCAGGGCAGCUAUCUCCCUUUCCCCUUCCCAGAUGAUAUCUCAUGUGUCAGUUGUUGUCUGUAUUUCAGAUACACAAGUGGUAGUAUAACAUGCAUACCUACUGCA